AUGGCAAUUGCAUCGUCAAAAUUCCUACUCUUUUUUAUUCCUCUUUUCGUUCACCUCCUUGUUCUCACUACUGCACAGACAAAUCUGCUGCAGCACUUUUGCAUUGAAAAUCAUGGUAACUUCACUGCUAACAGUGAUUACAAAUCAAACCUCGAUCAACUUCUCUCCUCCUUCUCUUCUGAUACGAAAAUCGAUUAUGGGUUUUACAGUGGCUCCUUGGGCCAAAACAUCGACAAAGCUUAUGCACUUUCGCUUUGCAGAGGAGAUAAAAAGCCUGAAACCUGUCGCAGUUGCAUUCAAAACUCCAGCCAAGUGCUCUCACAACUUUGUCCUAACCAAAAGGAGGCCUACAUUUGGCAUGAUGAUUGCAUGUUAAGGUAUGCAAACCAUUCCAUAUUUGGCAAUAUGGAAUUCGGGCCAUACUUUUGGAUGUACAGCUUGAACAAUGUUACCGAUGAAAAUGAGUUCCAUGAGAUGCUAAAUGUCUUGUUAGGCAGGCUAACAAAUUUAGCAGCAUCAGGUGAUUCGCGAAGAAAAUUCGCAGCAGGAAAUUCCACCACUAAAAGCUCUCGCCAAAUCGUUUAUUCACUUGUUCAGUGCACUCCUGAUUUGUCUGAGCAGCAAUGUAGCAGUUGCCUGAGUCAAGCCAUUGCAUUGAUUCCGACAUGCUGUCAGAGUAGGCAAGGAGGGAGGGUGAUCUCACCUAGCUGUCACUUUCGAUACGAAAAAGACCCUUUCUAUGACCUUGCUGCAACGACGCUUCCACCAUAA